CCCGCUUGGCAAUGAUUUACGCCCGCUUCUUGGCCAAGGCACAGGGCUGCCUCCGUCUUCGCAGCCUCCUGGUUCGGCAGUGUCUAGCGGAACUCCUGGGGGUCUUUGUCCUGAUUAUGAUAACCAUCAGCGCUUCGGCACAGACUGUCACCAGCGAGGGGAAGAAGGGUGGCUAUAUCAGCUCGGCCCUGGCCAGCGGUGUCAGCGUGAUGGUAGCUAUUCACAUUUCAGGCGGCGUGUCAGGAGGGCAUCUGAACCCCGCUUUCUCCCUAUGCAUGUGCCUGCUUAACCAGUGUCCAUGGUGGAAACUGCCCGUUUACUCCGUUUUUCAGAUCCUGGGGGCUUUUUUGGGUUCAGCCACGGUCUACGCCCUAUACUAUGAUGCCAUCCACCACUAUAGCAAUGGGACCCUGACAGUCACUGGCCCUCGGGAAACUGCUUCCAUCUUUGCCACUUAUCCGGCUCCCUACCUAUCCCUGCGCAACGGCUUCUUGGACCAGGUGCUGGGAACUGGGAUCCUUGUGGUGAGCAUUCUAGCGCUCAUUGAUUCCCGAAACAAGAGCAUGGCCAAAGGGAUGGAGCCGCUGGGCGUGGGCCUGCUGGUCCUCUCGCUCAGCCUCGCCAUGGGGGCCAACUGCAGCUGUGCCAUCAACCCCGCCAGGGACUUGGGCCCCCGGCUCUUUACCUACGUGGCUGGAUGGGGCCCUCAAGUUUUCAGUGCUGGAAACUAUUGGUGGUGGGUUCCAAUCGUGGCACCGAUGGUGGGCUCAGCCACCGGCACUGCUGUGUACCAGCUCUGUGUGGCAUUCCAUCACCCCCCAGAUGAGGACGACGCGUUCUCUCUGCCUGCCACAGAGAAGGACCACCGGGGGACAGAAAAGGAUAUUGACAUUCCGAUUUUUGCUGUGAACAAGUAUGUGGACACGUGGAUGGAAGGGAACUCCGUGGUCGUCCCAGCCACAGAACAUGUCAAAAGGGAAACUGCACCUUCACCCUAAAGCCUGAGAAAUUAUGGACUUCCCCACCCCUGUCUCAUAUAUUGGGUUGGAUCCGGCCAGAUUUUUAAAAAACUGAGUCUCAUUCAAUCCCCUUCCUUUCUACAGCCCCACAUGCCUUGUGGCUUGUACCUGCAGGCUUCUUGAUUCUUAGCACAGCGUUUUUUGAUAGUGGGACUUUCCCUUCCUUUUUCAUUAAGCAAAAACAGCAGGGAGAAACCCAGAUAGUGAUGGCUAGAAACAACAAGUCCGGGAAUGAACCG